AUGGCUGCGCUGGCUCGGAGCGUCCUGGUGACGGGGUCCAACCGGGGCAUUGGGCUGGAGCUCGUGAGGCAGCUCGCUGCCAGCCCCCGGCCCCCCCAGCACAUUUUUGCCACCUGCCGUGACCCCGAGGGACGGGGGCCAGCCCUGCGAGAAUUAGCUGCCCAGCACCCCAGCAUCAAACUGGUCCAGCUAGACACAGUGAACUUGCCCAGCAUCCGAGGGGCCGUACGGGCUGUGGGGUCUCAUCUGAAGGACCAGGGAUUGAACCUGCUCAUCAACAACGCGGGCGUCAGCUCGCACGCCACACUGCGCUCCCUGGAUUCUCAGGAGAUGCUCUCCACGUUUGCCACCAACGUGGUCGGGCCACUCCAGGUUGCCAAGGAAUUUCUGCCGUUCCUGGAGAAGGCAGCGAAGGGUGCGGGGAAGGAGGGGCUGAGCUGCAGCAGGGCCGCGGUCAUAAACGUCUCCACCAAACUGGGCUCCAUCGGGCUGUGCCUUGGGGUGCCAGAGGCCCCCAUGUACCCGUACCGUGCCAGCAAGGCUGCCCAGAACAUGGUGACGAGGUGCAUGGCUGCGGACCUCCAAGACAAGGGCAUCUUGUGCACAGCCAUCCAUCCUGGCUGGGUGAAGACCGACAUGGGGACGGAGAAGGCACCCCUGAUGGUGGAGCACAGCGUGCGGGGCAUCCUGACCGUGCUGGCCAGCCUCUCGCAGGACACCUCCGGAGCCUUCCUUGACUGGGAAGGGAACCGCCUGCCCUGGUGA